AUGGCGUCCGAAGAAGUUCUGAAGAUGUUCAAUGUAAAUAAACUGAAAAAAGAGCAAGAAGAGAUACUUAAAUGCAUUCUAGACGGCAAGGACUGUUUGGCCGUAUCACCACCAGGCUAUAGCACGUGUUUGCCGUAUCAAAUGGUCAUUCCCAAAAAGAGAGCGAUGGGAAAAGAGGCUCGGAAAAACAUCGUAUGCGGACCCUUGAUUGCCCUUAUGAAAGACCAAGAAGAAAGGCUUUCCAAAAUGGGCAAAAAGGAUGACGAUGACAUGGAUGCAUUUGGGAAAUGGUUCAGCUACUUAGGGGAACUAGUUCCAUUUUCCCAUCUGCAUCAGUGUUAG